UUUGGCUGUGUUAGAACACAUUUUAGUCUGUUGCCUAUAUUUAGUAAAGCUUGUUUUGUGAUACAUUAUUUUGCUUCAUUUACUCUUUAUCAGUUUUAUAUUUAUUUGUGUGAGCUAAGAACGAAACUUAAAAUUGUUUCCUGUGUAAUUUCGUAAGAUAAGUGAGGGAAGAUAAGUUUCGUUUGUAAAGAAUCAGCCCUCACAGACGUGGCAGCUUUCAGAUGGAAAACCUUUAAAAACCAGCAGAGGAAAGAUCUCAGUCUUCACAAGACACAGCGGAAGAACAGCACACUUUUCUGGAGAACAUAGACAUCUAACUAUGGCAGCAGACUUCAGCCCCCAAAAAAAUGCUCGAAAAGCAAAGCCACACGUCUGUAAAAAAGAGCACAUUGCAAUAAAAGAUCUGAAGACAAAAGAUGAGAUAAAACAUCGACAUAUGAAUAAAACAUAUCUUCCGAAAGACAUCCCUGAUUAUCCUUCUCCUGUUGAAUUUCACAUCACAGAAGUAGCUCAUGUCACUAACAAGACGAGCCUGGAAGACAUCUGGAAGUCAGAGGGAUUCAUGGGUCUUGAUGAAGAUUCGUUUUCAUGGUGGAGCCUGAAGAUUAAUGAAGCGGAUAUAAGAGCAGCUGAGGAGCGUUACCUCGAGAAAUUGUUCCCAGAGAUAACCAAAGAACAAAAAAGAGCUCAUCCGCCGUUCCUGAGUGAAUUCACCACAUCACCCUUGUUCCUGAACGAAUUCUCACGCUACGGUAACUUCCGCUUCACCUUUCCUCUGACUGAGCUGAUGGAAGCCUACAAGAAGCAGAAGUGUGAGGGUCAAGAGCCAGUUCUCCGGAUCUACGGGACCAAACUGUUCAAGCAGGAGAUUGAGUAUGUUGUUCUCGUUCACAGCCCUCUGGUUAAUACGCUGUUCAGUCAAUUUCCAAAGCUAACACACAGCCCAUGGGUUGCUUAUGAUGGACAUCAAAUCAUCUGGAGAGCCCAAGCCAUUUGUGAAACUCACAACUUCCAACUGGCAAUCAGUGGAGACACAGCAGUGGCAGAACCCAUGUAUUCACAUCAGUUUUAUGUGUGGGAUCAUGUUAGCCUUGUCUUUUACGCCGAAGACGUCCUGACCUUCCCUAAAAGAAGGCUUAAGGCAAGCCUCAGUUGUUGUGAUCUGGAUCCAAAUGUAUACCUUUCAAAUGGAGAAAACUGCUCUUCACUUGCUGAAGCUGAGGAAUUAAUUGAAAGAUUGCCAGAAGAUGAAUCUGAAAAAGAAGAUGAAAAAGAAGAAGAUAAAUCAGUGGAGGUGAAAAUGGAAAAGGACUAAAGGAGUGCAAGUUCUGUAAGAACUUUUACAGUUUGGUGUAUUUGUAUGGUUUUGCCCUUUGUUAAAAAUAGCUUAAAUAAGAUAAACAAAUAAA